AUGAGGCUGCGAAACUUCGUGCGCCAUGCUCGCGUCAUUCGAAAUGCGCGGCUGCCUGUGUUCAGCAACCGCAAACGCUACCAGUAUGAGUGCCUGCCAUCGCCUACCUGUAUACGCCUAUUGGAGCUCCUACCAGUGACAAGCAACGGUAUCAUUCGCUGCUCGUUGAAGGUUACUGAGCUUGCAGAUGCGCCUUCCUUCAAAGCUCUGUCAUACACAUGGGGUAGUCCGCGAGCCAGUUCCAUAUCAGGAACAUCGCGACACUAUGAAGUAGGAACGAAACCUGCAUCGAACGACGAAGUAGACUCGACCCGCCAGCACACCAUCAUAUGCGAUGGCUGCCUUCUCAAGGUCACCAGUAACCUUCGAGAUGCACUGCAAAUGCUCAGCAACGCUAUCAACAUGCCACACAUGCCCAAAACCCCGACCUACUACUGGAUAGACCUUUUGUGCAUGAAUCAAACAGACAUUGAGGAGAGGAAUGCUCAGGUUGCCCGUAUGGGUGAUGUUUUCAAGAAGGCCGAUGGAGUUGUUGUCUGGCUAGGCAAAGAGGAUCAGUACACGCUGGAUGCUGUCACUACCAUGCGGAAGAUAGCGGCUAUUCCCGAGAAACACUGGCCGCUAGUACCUUACACAUCCUUCUACAAUCCCAAAGAGAGUCAGCUAGUAUCCUCUACUGGUCUCACCUUCUACAACUGGCUAGGCUUCACAGUCCUCAUCAACCGCCCAUGGUUCAAGAGGGCUUGGGUCGUUCAAGAGAUCGCACUUGGCAAAUCGGCUCUGGUAGUUUGUGGUAACAAGGUCUUUCCUUGGGAAAUUCUAUCCAAAACGCUGUCUUUUGUCAAGCUCACGAGGUGGUAUCAUCAUCUCCAUGCAGACAAACUAAAGCAUGUCAAAGAGCUGCGGAAACAUCCUGGCAUCUACAAGCAAAUUCUCAAGUCGAAGCUAGCUGUCGGCAUCAGCCCUCUAUAUCUCAAUGAUACCCGGCUAUUCGCAUCUUCACUGAUCAGAGACGACGGUCAAGCGACCAAACAACCGUCUUUUCGGAACCUGCUCGACAAGCACCGCUUUUCAGAGUCUUCAGAUCCCAGGGACAAGGUGUACGCAUUUCUCGGCCUGGCCAACCGGGCGGUGCUCAUGUCGUCUUACAAGAACCUUUCGUGGUUGUCACACGUGGAAGAUGCUUCACAGAGACGGAUAUCAGGGUUGCCAUCCUGGGUACCCGACUUGAGCGUGCCGCUUCAACCUUACCCACUUCGCUAUCGUGGUCCGGCAUACUGGCAUGCUGCUGGGAAUCGCGUCUGGCGUCCGGAUGUAGAAAGCAUGAAAAAAGGACUUCUCCCGGUCCAAGGACAUCGAUUAGAUCAGAUUGACCAGACCUCUCUGCUUAUUGACGAAUCAGAAGACCCCCCAGCGGUAUGGGCAAGCAUCGUGAACCUGGCCCUUGCGCUUGACUUGUCAUACCCCGACCCUGGUGCAACUGGCAAGACACCAUCGCGUGUCGAAGUACUAUGGCGAACGCUGACCACCGACAUCUACAACCAUACAUACCCUGCGCCUGUAGAAAUAGGCAAACUCUUCAUUGAUUACAUCCUCAACCUCCAGAUCAGGCAUCGCUUGACUCCAUGGUCAAGCGCUGACGAUUUCCAACCCCAUCAUUCGCCAUUGACAGAGUCUGUAUACCCAGAUUGGCGCAAACUCCUUGAGCUCGAACCACCGGACUCGCCGUACAGCUUCGAAUCGUAUUCUAAGCGCUUAGUUGCCGUGGUGGAGACACGAGCUUGA